AUGACCGAGACUGCCCCCCACGAGCUCACGCCGCCUCCUCUCCAAGCGCCCACGGCCAAAGAACGGAAAUAUGACCGUCAAUUGAGAUUAUGGGCUGCCUCAGGGCAACGCGCUCUGGAAGAGUCUCACGUCCUCUUGAUUGUGGGAGACGAUGCCUUUGGCUCCAACAGCAGUGUUGCUGGUGCUGAAGCUCUAAAGAACCUCAUCCUCCCGAGCGUUGGCAGCUUCACGAUCGCAGACUCGGCGACGGUCACUGAAAGAGAUCUGGGCAUCAACUUCUUCCUCGAGUCGAACAGUCUCCACAAAUCAAGAGCAGACGAGAUGAGACGUCUGCUGCAAGAAUUGAAUCCUGAUGUGACAGGCCAUGCUAUUUCAGCUCCCUUGGCAGAAUGGCUCCCUUCGCAAGACUCCCUCAAGCCAUACAAUCUGAUCCUCCUCUGCGCUCCAGUGUCUCGGGAACCGCUCGAGAGGAUAUGUGGUUACGCUUUGGAGAAGUCGAUACCAAUCAUCUAUGUCCAAUCAGCCGGGUUCUUUGCUUCUUUCUCAAUCCAGUUGCCUACUGAAUUCCCCAUUGUGGAUACUCACCCUGAUCCAGAAAGUACCCAAGACCUCCGUCUUCUUGCGCCCUGGCCUGAACUCGACGCCGAAAUCGAUGCUCUGGGAGACCUCUCAUCGCUACCAGAUCACGACCACGGCCACGUUCCCUACAUACUGAUUCUCUUACACUACCUUAGACAGUGGAGGCUCGAUCACAAUGACAAAUACCCCUCCUCCUUCAAAGAAAAGACCGAGUUUCGGGACCUUGUCAAAUCGGGCGCAAGAACAAACAAUCCAGAAGGCGGCGAAGAGAAUUUCGACGAAGCCUGUGCCGCAGUGCUCAAGAGUAUAGCUCCACCACCGAUAGGGAGCGGGUGCAAGGAGAUGAUGUCUAUGCCUUCCUGCACCAACCUGACCGCAGACUCGGCAAAUUUCUGGGUCGUCGCAAACGCCAUCAAGACAUUCUACGACAGCCACGGCGUGCUACCGCUGCCGGGAACUCUACCAGACAUGAAGGCCACCAGUGCAGAUUAUGUCAAGCUUCAGACCAUCUACAAAACCAAAGCACGAGCUGACGUGGCCGAGGUGACCAAGCUUGUUCGACAAAUUGAAGCGUCCCUUUCAAGGACGGCUUCUUCGCAAGUCCCAGACUCGGAGAUUGAAGCCUUUUGCAAGAACGCCUCUCAUGUACGGGUCUUAACGAACCAGAAGAAAGAAGCACUGCCUUCACUCCGCCUCAUGCUCCCGGACUCCAAACUCUCCUCCCGUCUUACAUCCAUCAUUGAGAACGAUUGGGAAUCCCUGUUUCCUGUUUUCAUCGCUCUCAACAACAAAAACCUCUCACCAGACAUGCUAAACGAUGUGACUUCGGUUCUAUCCGACCCGGAAAGCCGAGAGAACAUUACCAAUGCAAUCACGGAAGUGGAGCGUGCGCAGGGCGGUGAGCUGCAUAAUAUCUCCAGUAUAGUAGGCGGCAUGGUCGCGCAGGAGGCAAUCAAACUGCUUACGAGGCAGUAUGUCCCCGUCGACGGGACUUGUGUUUUUGAUGGCAUCAAGAGUAAAUCUGGAGUGUUCAAGAUUUGA